UCCCGCCCCUCUUGUUCCCGACCUGCCACGUACUGGGCCCGAGCUCUCGCUGGCUUGGUGGGUCCGUGCGAUUGGACAGGGCUUGCGCGAGCCUGCGAGCGAGGUGCGGCGGCCACGGAGGACAGCCGAGUGGGCCUUGGCCUCAGCCUCUCCCGCACGCUGCAGAGCCCGGCUGCGGAGACCCGCGGAGGGGCGGCAGGGACGGCUUUGGCGAGCCGUUUUUCUCUAGAGUUGUCUAUAUAGAACAUCCUGGAGUCUACCAUGAAUGGACAGUUGGACCUAAGUGGAAAGCUAAUCAUCAAAGCUCAACUUGGAGAGGAUAUUCGACGAAUUCCCAUUCAUAAUGAAGAUAUUACUUAUGAUGAACUAGUGCUAAUGAUGCAACGAGUUUUCAGAGGAAAACUUCUGAGUAAUGAUGAGGUUACAAUAAAGUAUAAAGAUGAAGAUGGAGAUCUUAUAACAAUUUUUGAUAGUUCUGACCUUUCCUUUGCAAUUCAAUGUAGUAGGAUACUGAAACUGACAUUAUUUGUUAAUGGCCAGCCAAGACCCCUUGAAUCAAGUCAGGUGAAAUAUCUCCGUCGAGAACUGAUAGAACUUCGAAAUAAAGUGAAUCGCUUGUUGGAUAGCUUGGAACCACCUGGAGAACCAGGACCUUCCUCCAGUAUUCCUGAAAAUGACACUGUGGAUGGUAGGGAAGAAAAGCCUGCUGCUUCUGAUUCUUCUGGAAAACAAUCUACUCAGGUUAUGGCAGCAAGUAUGUCAGCUUUUGAUCCUUUAAAAAACCAAGAUGAAAUCAAUAAAAAUGUCAUGUCAGCAUUUGGCUUAACAGAUGAUCAGGUUUCAGGGCCACCCAGUGCUCCUACGGAAGACCGUUCAGGAACACCCGAUAGCAUUGCUUCCUCCUCCUCUGCAGUGCACCCACCAGGAGUUCAGCCGCAGCAGCCGCCGUAUUCAGGAGCUCAGACACAAGCAGGUCAGAGUGAAGGCCCGAUGUACCAGCAGUAUGCGCAGCAGGCCGGGUAUGGCGCCCAGCAGCCGCCCCAGCAGUACGGUGUUCAGUACUCAGCAGGUUAUAGUCCGCAGACUGGACCCCAACAGCCUCAGCAGUUCCAGGGAUAUGGCCAGCAACCAGCCUCCCAGGCCCCGGCUCCUGCCUUUGCUGGUCCUGCUCAAGUGCCGCAGCAGUAUCAGGCAAGCAGUUACCCUCCACAAACCUACGCCACUCAAACUUCUCAACCGGCUAAUUACACUGUGGCCCCUGCCUCACAACCUGGAAUGGCAACAAGCCAGCCCGGGGCAUACCAAGCGCGACCAGGUUUUACUCCACCUCCUGGAAGUACCAUGACCCCUCCUCCAAGCGGCCCUAACCCUUACGCACGUAACCGUCCUCCCUUUGGUCAGGGCUAUACUCAGCCUGGACCUGGUUAUCGAUAAAGAGGCUCAGUUAUACUGAUGAAUAUAGCUGUUAGCUGUUUGCCUCCCAAAAGACUCCAGUACCACACUUUUAAUUUGUAUUGACAUUUAGACAUUUAAAAAAAGAACAAUUUUUUUAUGAUAUAAUUGUUGCUGUUAAUUGAAAGUAUAAUUUGCCAGAACAUAAAGACCAAAAUGGAAGUUUUUUCUUUCCCUGCUUAAAAAUGUAGCAGCUUCCUAGUUAUUUUGGAACACUACUCAUGUGUGUAAAGUGAUUAACUUUCUAGCUUGCCUUGUCCAGAGGAUAUUAAAAUGCCAGGUUGAAGUGUUAGCCAUCUUACUUGGCUUUUUACUCUUAACACAAUGUACUAAAAUAGAUCCCUUUAAGACAACUAGAUGUUAUGUAUAAAAUGUAAUAUUGAUGAUGGGUUAAUAAAGAUGAUUCAAUCCA